CCCUACGACCCCGAGACCGUGUCGCAUCGCUCCCCCGUGUCCCUACGAACCCCGUAGACGCCCUCCGUGCCAUAUUCAAGCUUGCGCCCAGCAAUAUCGCCACCUGCGACAGCUCCUCUUACGUCAUCGUCAUGUCCGACGGAAUCGCUCCCGCCAUCGACAAAGUUGGUGAGCCUGCGCCCACAGCGCCAGAGGCCCAGGCUGCGGUGCCUACUUCGGAGGACCCCAAGCCCGAAGAGAAGAAGGCCGAUGAGAAGAAACCCGAGGAUGGCGCAAAGCCUGUUCUGAAGGUGCCCAAGCCCGUCGAGGUCAUGUCGGUGCCACAGACCCCCCUCAACAACAGCACUCCAGCCGGGGGCACACCGCGACCUGAGCUGAGGAUUGACGAGGAGCCCAAGGAGAAACCCCAGGAAGAUCCCCCCUUCAUCCUCGGGCUCAAGGAACCCGAGUCCACCCCGGCGGAGUCUACAAAGGAUAGCGAGUCCAUCACCGACAAGCCAGCUGAAACAGCAACCAACGGCACCAGCGAUGACGUUGAGAUGACAGGUGCUCUCCCGUCCUCCAACUCCAGUGAGUCCGCUUCACGAGAGAAGCGCAAGCUCGAAGAAGAGCCAUCUUCCACCACAACCAACGGCGAUUCCUCCUCCGAGGACAAGUCCGGCUCGGAUGCGCGCUCCGACAAGAAAGCCCGUGUCGAUGAUGCCCCGGCUCCAGCAGUCCCCAACGGCAAGGGCGCUAAGGCGAAGCGCGAGAAGAAAACUGCUCCGGUGGUUGGCAGGACGGCGCGGAAGACUCGUAGCCAGGGACCGGUCGAGGUCUAGAUGAUCAUCAUGCAACGAAGCGGCCCGAUGGGCUGUCCAUCAACUUACUACGUGAGUGACGACUCAAGUGAACUGGUAUGAAUUUGUGCGGGUGCAGGCGAAAAUGGCAGGUUUGGGUCAUGGAAACAGAGUGGCUUUCCUGAGCUCUAUCUGGAAUUUGGGUUGUAUAUUCGUGUCUUUUGGGAGUAGCAAAAUCGGUUAUUUCAUCUGUCUAUCCUACGGGAGUUAAGCGUGUAGUUGGAUGGGUUCGUGAGGA